AUGGUACGUGGGAGCAAGGGAGUGAAUGUGAGACAGAACGAUCAGCAGCAGGAUCGCAGCGUACGAGAGGAAGAGAGAAGUCUCCUUCUGCUGUACAUAUACAUCCUGGUCCCUUAUUCCCUGUACGUGCAAAGGGGGUUUCGAGAGGCUAGCAACGGUGGAGCCACGACAACGAGUUACAACCACGACGGCGAACACGACUACUACGACACCGCGUGGGGGUUGCACGAGACCCCCUGGUGGGGUUCUGGCUGGCGACCCCACAGUCCCCCGCUGGAAAUGAUAUCAGUCGCGACUUGGUCGAGGGAGCCCCAACACGUGUCGUGCCCCUCGCAGAGUGAGCUCAAUAGUUUACUCGAUUCUUCACUUUGCAUACGUUUGGUUAUAAUAAUGGGUGAGAAAACAUUCAACCUUACUUGGAACAAUCACCUAGCGAACUUGUCCGGAUUGUUUGAAGGACUCUACAAGAGUGGUUCUUUAACUGAUACAACGUUAGCUUGUCAAGGUGGAAUGUUGAGGGCACAUAGACUGGUCUUGGCAGCAUGUAGUCCAUACUUUGAAAGAGUUUUUAAAGAACAUUAUGGUGAACAGCCAAUUCUUAUUUUAAAAGGUGUUGCAGUUGAAGAAAUGGAAUGUCUCCUGGAUUUUAUGUAUCGUGGGUCAAUCGAUGUUACUGAAGAACAUUUGCCCUCUUUGAUUAAAACUGCAACAGAUCUAGAGAUUCGUGGUCUUUCCGGUGAGCAAAGGAAUCAAGAAAAUAAUCGUAGUCCUUAUAUGAGAGUUGAGACACGGAUGCAACGAUGUCACAUAGAAACGAGAGUUCAUACAACGGAGUAUCUGAAGGAACCGUCUGUGAUUCCAUUUUUACCAAAACAGUCUUCCAUAGAAUCAUUAGAAGAUCAUAUCAAAGUGGAAGAAAUUGAAGUUGAAGAUGAUCCAAUGGUGAUCGAUGGGCACGAAGAUACAUUCGACGAACCCUUGCGAUCGGCAGAAACGCAAAUUAGACAUAUGCCACCACCAAUGUAUAAACGAGAAACAAGAUUUAAAGGCCAAAAAAGAGUUUCUGUGGGACGUUCAACGAGAAACAAUGAUGUAUUAGAAUUCAGAUCAAAGGAGCGCAUAGCUUCAAAGGAAGAGUCUACGAGGGAAAGCUACGAAGAUUCAUCGAACACGGUUAAAUCUGACUCGAAUUUUAACAAUGCAUCUGCAGAUCCUACGAUACCGGAUAUACAGAUGAACGACGACUUACAAAAACGAGAUAAAAGUCUGGAUUCUUCAAAGAGCACAGAUGACAGUCUAAGGUUAACUAUCAAGAAGAAGGGUGACUGCUCUACGAAGAGAUCAGGAUUAAACGAAGGAAAAGAUGCUAGACCGAUGCAGACAAAGUCUGAAAAAGCGCAAUAUAAACCUUUCUGCUGCGACCUCUGUACUUUAGCUUUUACGAGAGCUUCUCAUUUGGCCAGACACAGAAGAGUUCACACGGGUGAACGACCAUUCGCUUGCAGCAUUUGCCCCCGAAUGUUUGCUAGACAGGAUAAAUUGAAACAGCAUUUGGAUUCGCAUUUACAGUGGCCAAAAAAAAAAAAUAACUCGAAUUCAAGUUGUCAAUCAGCCUCCUCUUUACCUACUAAAGGGAAAAGGGGUAGACCUCGAAAGGUAAAUUUAGAACAGUCAGCCAUGGAAGAGAUUUUAAAAUUCGGUGAAUUUAGUUCUCUCCUGAACAAAUCUCAUUCGGCGAAUGCGACAGAUAAAAAUGAAGAUUUCGCUUCCGUUGAAAUUGAAGCAAAAAUCAAAGAGCAAGAAGAGGAUGCUGCGGAAGAAGGAAACGAAGACAAGGAUAAAGACAUGAACGAAGACAAAGAUAAAGACAUGAACGAAGACAAAGAUAAAGACAAUUAUGGCUGUCAAGUUGAAAAUGGUCAAGACAUUGUUUAA